CGUUAGCUGAAACACCUGGCUAUUAAGAAUAGUUUUAAAAUUAUUAGAGUUUUAAAAUUAAAAAGUUGUUGUAUUAUCAAGUGAACAAUUCUGACCGGCGCUUAUAAAUUGUCGUCUAAGUAAUUAGAAAAGACGAUCGGAAAAGUGUCUUUGAGGGCAAAAACGUUUUUCGAAAAUGGAAUCACAUGAAAAGAACGUAGUUUUCGCGGGAGUGAUCCUGAAUCCCGCCACCAUUGAAAACAAUAUGGAAAUGAAGAAUGCAGCCCAAAGCAUCGAAUCCCCACCGGAACCAAAGGUCCAGUUGAAAGACUUGGAUGACCUGCUACCCUACGUCGGCGACUUCGGCUGGUACCAGCGAAUCCUGUUCCUCUUGAUGAUACCAUACGCAUUCUUCUUCGCCUUCGUCUACUUUGGACAAAUCUUCAUGACUGUCGUGCCAGAAGAACACUGGUGUUUCGUACCUGAGUUGGGGAAUCUGAGUGUUGAAGCAAGACGCCAUCUUUCCGUUCCUCUGGUAGACGACAAAUAUGACAAGUGCUCAGUUUACGAUGUUGAUUGGACAGAAGUCAUCAAGAGUGGUGCACUGGAACCGAAGCCCGAAUGGCGAGUCAAGAAGUGUGAGAGUCAGUGGGAGUUCAACUACACUGACGUGCCUUAUCAGACUAUUGCGUCACAGCAAGGCUGGGUGUGCGACAAGGAUAGCUAUGCGGCCACCUCUCAAGCUAUCUUCUUCUGUGGAGGCAUUGUCGGCGGAUUGCUUUUCGGAUGGAUAGCUGACAAAUAUGGAAGGAUACCAGCAUUAAUUGGAGCCAAUAUGGCGGGUUUCACUGGCGGCCUCGCGACCGCCUUCACUAAUUCCUUCUGGUCUUUCUGCGUGUGUCGCUUCAUCGUAGGAUUGGCAUACGACAACUGUUUUAUCAUCAUGUAUAUAGUUGUCUUGGAAUACGUGGGUCCAAAAUGGCGGACGUUUGUGGCGAACAUGUCGAUCGCGGUGUACUUCACGUUCGCGGCGUGCCUGUUGCCGUGGAUCGCGUUGGGGGUCAACAAUUGGCAGAUAUACACUCUGAUCAUCAGUGUACCACUAGUGUUGUCUGUUUUGACACCUUUAGUUGUACCUGAGAGUGCAAGAUGGCUGAUAUCCCAAGGUAAAAUAGACGAAGCCAUCAAGAUUGUACAGAAAUGUUCUAGAAUUAACCGCAAGAAGAUACCCGAUGAAGUUGUUAAGGAGUUUAGAGAAACAGCAAAAGCCAUAGCGAAGGCAGAAGAAGAAUUAAAGAACUACAGCGUCAUUGACCUGGUGAGGACCCCUCGCCUCCGACGCCACACCAUUCUCCUGGUGGUGAUCUGGAUGUCCAUCGCCAUGGUCUUCGAUGGGCAUGUGAGGAAUGUGGGGUCUCUAGGGCUGGACAUGUUCACGACCUUCACAGUGGCCACUUUUACGGAAUUCCCUGCUGAUGUACUCUUGAUCCUGACUUUGGAUAUUUUGGGACGACGUUGGCUCGCUUUUGGCACGAUGGCUCUCAGCGGAAUAUUCAGUCUCCUAGCAACUACGGCUCCCAUAGGUAUACCAUCAGCCUCCCUCGCUAUAGUGGGUCGUUUUGCAGUGAAUAUUUCUUUUAACAUCGGUAUGCAGUACGCGGCAGAACUCCUGCCAACCGUCGUCAGGGCUCAGGGGGUCGCCCUCAUCCACAUGUGCGGAUAUGUCGCAACUAUACUCACCCCUUACAUCGUAUAUAUGGCUACCAUAGCUCGUGAGAUCCCGCUCCUCAUUCUCGGCUGUCUGGGCAUCUUCGGCGGCUGCCUGUCUCUCUUCCUCCCAGAAUCGAUGGGCAAGGAUAUGCCACAGACCAUCCUGGAUGGAGAGAACUACGGCUUGGGGCAGAAAUUCUGGGACUUCCCAUGUUGGAACAGAAAGAAGAAGGAGAUUGCAAAUGGGGAAACACGUCACUGAAGAAUCUACAGACCCUAUUAAAAUUAACUUUUAAUUUAUAAGAUAGUAAAAUGAACAAACCACCUCUUUCAUCGCUAUGACAAAGGCGAAAAGUGAUGUUAAAUUACUUAAAGGAAUGAAAACAUAUUUUUUUAAAAAAAUCGUGUGUAUAUGAAAGGAAAGCAGCUUUCUUAUAAUUUAAAACUUUCUUAAUAAAAAAACCAGUAUAGGUUUAAUAACUACAUAAUUAUUAACCAAUAAUUUCAGACAAAGCCAUCUAGUCUCGAAAUAGUAAAUUUUGUCUUAUGAAUACUA